AUGGCGAAUAUCAGCAGUAAAUUGAUUCAUCCCGAGCACGACCUCAAACCCAUGAAGCCACGAGACCCUUUCUAUUGCGUCGCGUGCAAGGAGAUCGGGUUCGGCCCCGGCUACGGGUGUCCUCAAUGCGUCGUCCGCAUCCACAAAGAAUGCGCGCGCCCCUCUCCGACUAUGUCCCGCAUGAUUCAAAUGAAACAUCACUCCUUGAAAUUUUACCCUGACAUGAAGGGUGAGAAUCGGAAAGCCGGAGUCUGCUCGGCAUGCUCCAGACUUGUCCAAGGUUGCGGGUACGGCUCUAGCUGGGGGGACGAUUUCCACCCGGCAUGCCUCGCGCUCCCGGAGUCGAUCAUGGUAAAUGGCGCAGAAGCUAGACUGUCGUAUGAAAUGAAGUCGAACUGCAGAUGGUGCCACAAGAUAGAGUUUUACGUCGGCAAAGACAAGCUCCCGAGCUGGUCGUACACCGGGCGAAAGGGCAGGUACCAUGUGGGCUGCGUGCAGGACAUGGUGAUCGAGAGCUUCAGGAACGGCGAGUUUGCUCCUGCGAAGGAAGGCGACAGCGCGGGUCGAAUGCAAAUUAAAGUGGACCUCUCUAGGGGUAUAUCAGGAUUCUUCGGCAUCGGAUUAGGGCAAUUGGCUCUUAGAGGACUAAUUGCCUCGAUCACCAGUGACCCGUCUGCGCUAGCUGGUUAG